GAACAAAAUUGUAUUGAUUCAAACGAAUUGAAAUAACAUUAAAUUAACACUCCAAAAUGAUGACUUAUCAAGUUUCAGCUUUUGCCUUGGCAAUAGUUUUUGUCGCCAACAUCUCUUACAUUGUUAAUGCGUACGAAGUAUUCAACUAUGAUGUGACUGUCCAAACCUCAGGAUCAACCAAAUUCUCAGCUCAUGAUGGUAAACUCAAGCUUUCUGUGGUCAGAAUCGGUGAAGAGACAUCAGAAGAUUUUGUAUUGACACCACGGGAUGUUAAUCUUGCCAUGAAUAGCGAAUACACUGGUCAAAUUGCAUCGUCCAUUGAGCUUGAAGAUAUCAAAUCUGUUUACCUCUCAUGGACUUUGGCUAAACCAAACAGCCCAGAUUUUGCGAUCGAAAAACCAUCCAUCUAUUUCGAUCACAUUGUUUUUGACUAUAAAUAUAAAGAAUGGAUAUAUCGAGGACAUAUUAACAGGCAAAAACUGCAAAAAUUCUGUCCACCAACUCAACCUAUUGGAAUUGAACAUGCCGAUGGAGCUUCAUUCAACGCUUGUGGGCCCAUGGUAGAGCGAAUAAUAUAUUAAUAAUACCAUUUUAAUGAUUUUCUGUCUUAAUGAAUUCCGUUGAUGCUAGAAAUAAUAAGUAUCAUGUGAAACCGAAAUUGAGACAAUUUUCAAUUUAGAUUUAAUCUGAUAUUCAAAUAUGCAAACUGUAAGGUCAAAUGAAUUCAUUUUUAAUUAAAGUUUAAUAAAAUAUAUUAAGUAAAUGCAA